UUUAUAGAAAAUGGCUCCGUCGUUUAGGUGCUGGGAAGACAGCAAACGACACUGUAGAUGUGAAAAGUACCAUGCAGCUAGGAAACCUAAGACCUUUUAGCAUUCAGAAGUCAUUGUUUUAAUGUAUUUAGCCUAGCCACUUGGGCCUAAUGUUAAUUAGCUUAGCCACUUAACGUUAAUUCAUUAAAUACGGCUGUUUCUCUAAACCUGUUUCAUUAGCAUGUUUACAGACGAGGCCCUGGACUCAGUGAGUGUCCGGUCACUGUGGAGGGAAUCCCAGCAGUCUGAGCGGGAGUCGAGAGGCUGUCAGACCAGAGCGGUGCACAGUACUGAGGCACAGGUCCAGACUGUGUCCACCACCAUCGGCUGUACCCAGACGGAGCCACAGGACCAGCAAACGGAGCAGCUCCUCCAGCAAAACCACGCCGAGCCAGAACCACCUGGUCUGAAGGACUUCCUGCAGCGGGUUGAGGAAGUGGUCAUCACAGAGCUGGUCAAAAAUGCCAGGAGUCACGCCUUCGAUGGGUUCCAGGUGAACUGGGGCGAUCACAGUCAGCUGGUUUCAUGCCUCCAUCGUCUUCAACAUCCCAUCGCUCAGGAGAGAGGUCUUCAUGUGACGAUGGUGUCCUGGAGUUGUACAGGUUCAGUCAUUGCCUGUGCAUAUGGUCGGAUUGAUGAUGGGUACUGGAGCACUGAGAAGUCAUAUGUGUGUACGUGGAAUCUGGACCGUCGAGGCCUGAGCCCCAAACAAGCUGAUCUGGUCAUAGAUGUUCCCACCGCAGUCACUGCUCUGUGCUGUCACCCCGACCAGCCCGCCCUCAUCGCAGGGGGUCUGUACAGUGGAGAGGUGGUGGUCUGGGACACCAGUCGGACUCAGGACCCUGUGCUGGCCUUGACUGGGAUGUCAGCAGACAGCCACAGGGAACCUGUUUACCAGGUCACCUGGGUCGCCCUGCAGAAGAAAGGGGAGUUUGGGGUGCUGAGUGCAGGUUCAGGAGGGAGGGUACUGCUGUGGGCAGUGGACUCGCAGCAGGGCAGCUUUGUCCUGAAUGCAGCCUACGCCUUAGUGCGACAGCAGGUUCCUCACAGCAGCAGCAGCCUCAAGACCCGAGGCAGCAGUACUGUGGGCGUCACCUCUCUGGCCCUGUCUCCGUGGGACCCUGACACCUUCCUGGUGGGCUCUGAGGGCGGCCUGCUGCUCAGGUGUUCCUUCUCCUCCAAGACGCCGGCUGCUGUUCCCUCUGAGGGUCAGAGUGUGACCCUGAGAGCUCCGGCGGUCUUCUCCUUCAGGUCUCACAGCGGCCCCGUCCACUCCAUCCACUGCUCCCCUUUCCACAGGAACUUGUUUGUGAGUGCAGGGACUGACGGUCUGGCCCACCUCCACUCUAUGCUGCAGGACAACCCGCUUCUGUCUCUCAGGGUCUCAGACUCCUACGUGUUCCAGGUGCAGUGGUCUCCAACCAGACCACUGGUCUUUGCUGCAGCCACAGGACAAGGUGAGGUGCAGAUAUUCGACCUGGGCCGCAGGUCCCUGAGGCCAGUCGCCACCAUAGAGCAGGGAGCUGCGGGACAAGCUGCUACUUGUUUGGCCUUCAACUGUCAGAGCACCCAUCUGUUGGCGGUGGGAAACACAGACGGGACAGUUGGUGUUUGGCAGCUGAGUGCAGAUCUGACCGAGCAAAGCCCCAGAGAGAGCAGCCAGCUGGAGCAGAUAGCCAAUCAGGUGGCAGAAUGAGACACAUGACCUGGGACAUCAAAGGACUGUUUCAUCCUCUGUUUAUAUCGACUGUGUUUUGUAAAAAAAUUUAAUUAAAGAAAAUACUGAAAACUCAGUGUGGAAGUGAAAUAAAAAGGAGUGAGCAGAGGUUUCCAGUUCUAACCAGUAGCGUUUAUUAAAGCACACUGCAGUUGUUCAGGUGUUGGUACAACAUUAUUGUUACUAUUAGGUUCUUAAAUUCAUCGAAAGCACAAGCUAAAACAGCUAAAACAAUCACAUUCAAAUGCAGACAGAUC